AUGGAAGCCUCCCGCCAACCCUCCUCCAUCCCACCAGCCAAUCCCCCCAGCGUGGAGAUCGCCUACAAACGCAAGUGCAUAGCGCUGAAGAAGCGCCUUGCAGAAGUCGAGGCCGAAAAUGAAAUAAUGCGCACCCGCAACCGCCGCGGAUCCCAAUACAUCCAGAAAAUGCGUCUGGAAACCUGCAUGCUUCUCGAGCGUCUGACAAAGGUCACCGGCAUGGCCGACGAGGCAAAGACUGGCGCCGCAAACCCGGAACUGCGUGCCCGCGCCGCGGCCAUGAUGAAUCCUGCACAGGGUGGAGCUGGUUUACUUCUGGAAGACGAUACAGAGGGUAGCUCCGAUGAGCAGCCCCGCACACCCGAGGAACGUCCGCUACGAGUUAAGCGCUCCCGCAAGUCCAAUGCCACCGGCAUCGAUGGACCGGACGAUGAUCUCCCCGCUCAAGAUGGACCCCCCGAAUCUGCAGAUCCGGCUGCUGCAGCCCUGCCCCGUCUUGCACCGGCUCCGACCCAGGAGUCUCUUACUCACUCCUUCCGUGUGCAGACGGGUAGUGGUGGCUCCGCUGACCAGACUCCUGCUGGUGCUGAGGCUGGUCCUGAGUCUGGGACUACGCCGAUGGAUGUGGAUAAGGAGGAGGCUAAGGAGGCUAAGGUUGAGCAGUCUUAG